AGGCGCGACGCGAGAUCGCGGGAGCGAGGGCGCGGGAGCAGUUCGCGGCAGUUCGCGCGGGAGCCUGGCGCUGGGGCGCUUGGGCGCCUGGGCUGCUGGACGGUGGGAACGGAAGUCGCUGUGGGGCGCUGAGGCAGCCAGGAUGGCGACUCCAAGCAAGAAGACGUCAACUCCAACCCCCCAGGCUUCCAAGAGAGCUCUCCCGAGAGACUCUUCGUCGGAGGUCCCGAGCAAGAGGAAGAAUCCGGCCCCGCAGCUGCCGCUGGUGCAGUCGUCCGGGCCUUUCGUGGAGGGCUCUAUAGUCCGUAUCUCGAUGGAGAACUUCCUAACAUAUGAUAUUUGUGAAGUAUCUCCUGGACCCCACUUGAAUAUGAUCAUUGGAGCCAAUGGAACAGGGAAGUCGAGCAUUGUGUGUGCCAUUUGCCUUGGUUUAGCUGGGAAACCUGCUUUCAUGGGACGAGCGGAUAAGGUUGGUUUUUUUGUGAAGAGAGGAUGUUCCAGAGGCAUGGUUGAAAUUGAAUUGUUCAGGGCUUCUGGAAAUCUUGUAAUCACCCGUGAGAUUGAUGUGGCAAAAAAUCAGUCCUUUUGGUUCAUCAACAAAAAAUCUACAACCCAGAAAGUAGUGGAAGAGCAAGUUGCAGCCUUAAAUAUUCAAGUGGGGAAUCUUUGCCAGUUUCUCCCUCAGGACAAAGUUGGAGAAUUUGCUAAACUCAGCAAAAUUGAACUCCUCGAAGCCACUGAAAAGUCAAUUGGUCCCCCAGAAAUGCACAGAUAUCACUGUGAACUCAAAAACUUCAGGGAGAAAGAAAAACAACUCGAGACCUCAUGCAAAGAGAAAACUGAAUAUCUACAGAAAAUGGUUCAGAGGAAUGAAAGAUAUAAACAAGAUGUGGAGAGAUUCUACGAACGGAAGCGACAUUUAGAUUUAAUUGAGAUGCUUGAAGCAAAAAGGCCAUGGGUGGAAUAUGAAAAUGUUCGUCAGGAAUAUGAAGAAGUAAAACUAGUUCGUGACCGAGUGAAGGAAGAGGUCAGAAAACUCAAAGAAGGGCAGAUUCCUAUAACACGUCGAAUUGAAGAAAUGGAAAACGAGCGUCACAAUUUGGAGGCUCGAAUCAAAGAAAAGGCAACAGAUAUUAAGGAGGCAUCUCAAAAAUGCAAACAGAAGCAAGAUGUUAUAGAAAGGAAAGAUAAACAUAUUGAGGAAAUUCAGCAGGCUUUAACAGUAAAGCAAAAUGAAGAGCUUGACCGACAGAGGAGAAUAAGUAAUACCCGCAAAAUGAUAGAGGAUUUGCAAAAUGAACUAAAGACCACGGAAAACUGCGAGAAUCUUCAGCCCCAGAUUGAUGCCAUUACAAAUGAUCUGAGACGGAUUCAGGAUGAAAAGGCAUUAUGUGAAGGCGAGAUAAUUGAUAAGCGAAGAGAGAGGGAAACUCUAGAGAAGGAGAAAAAGAGUGUGGAUGAUCAUAUUGUACGUUUUGACAAUCUUAUGAAUCAGAAGGAAGAUAAGCUAAGACAGAGAUUCCGUGAUACAUAUGAUGCUGUUUUAUGGCUAAGAAGUAACAGAGACAAAUUUAAACAAAGAGUGUGUGAGCCCAUAAUGCUCACGAUCAAUAUGAAAGAUAAUAAAAAUGCCAAAUAUAUUGAAAAUCAUAUUCCAUCAAAUGACUUAAGAGCCUUUGUAUUUGAAAGUCAAGAAGAUAUGGAGGUUUUCCUCAAAGAGGUUCGUGACAACAAAAAAUUAAGAGUAAAUGCUGUUAUUGCUCCCAAGAGUUCAUAUGCAGACAAAGCACCUUCAAGAUCUUUAAAUGAACUUAAACAAUACGGAUUUUUCUCUUAUUUGAGAGAAUUAUUUGAUGCACCUGAUCCUGUAAUGAGUUACCUUUGCUGUCAGUAUCAUAUUCACGAAGUUCCUGUAGGAACUGAAAAGACCAGAGAAAGAAUUGAACGGGUAAUACAAGAAACCCGAUUAAAACAAAUUUAUACAGCAGAAGAAAAGUAUGUGGUAAAAACUUCUUUUUAUUCAAACAAAAUUAUUUCUAGUAACACAUCUCUAAAAGUAGCCCAGUUUCUCACUGUCACUGUGGACCUAGAACAAAGAAGACACUUAGAAGAACAGCUAAAGGAAAUUAGUAGAAAAUUGCAAGCAGUGGAUUCAAGGUUGAUUGCCUUGCGUGAAACAAGCAGACAUCUGGAGCACAAAGACAAUGAACUUAGACAAAAGAAGAAGGAGCUUCUUGAGAGAAAAACCAAGAAAAGACAACUGGAACAGAAAAUCAGUUCCAAACUAGGAAGUUUAAAACUGAUGGAACAGGAUACUUGCAACCUUGAAGAGGAAGAGCGAAAAGCAAGUACUAAAAUCAAAGAAAUAAAUGUUCAAAAAGCAAAACUUGUUACUGAAUUAACAAACCUAAUAAAGAUUUGUACUUCUUUGCAUAUACAAAAAGUAGAUUUAAUUCUCCAAAAUACUACAGUGAUCUCUGAGAAAAACAAAUUAGAAUCAGAUUAUAUGGCCGCAUCUUCACAACUCCGUCUUACAGAGCAACAUUUCAUUGAGUUGGAUGAAAACAGACAGAGAUUAUUGCAGAAAUGCAAGGAACUUAUGAAGAGAGCUAGGCAAGUAUGCAACCUGGGUGCAGAGCAGACUCUUCCUCAAGAAUACCAGACACAAGUACCCACCAUUCCAAAUGGACACAACUCCUCACUCCCCAUGGUUUUCCAAGACCUUCCAAACACAUUGGAUGAAAUUGAUGCUUUAUUAACUGAAGAAAGAUCAAGAGCUUCCUGCUUCACGGGACUGAAUCCUACAAUUGUUCAGGAGUAUACAAAAAGAGAAGAAGAAAUAGAGCAGUUAACUGAGGAACUAAAGGGAAAGAAAGUUGAACUAGAUCAAUACAGGGAAAACAUUUCACAGGUAAAAGAAAGGUGGCUUAAUCCUUUAAGAGAGCUGGUAGAAAAAAUUAAUGAAAAAUUCAGCAAUUUUUUUAGUUCCAUGCAGUGUGCUGGUGAAGUUGAUCUCCAUACAGAAAAUGAGGAAGAUUAUGAUAAAUAUGGAAUUCGAAUUAGAGUCAAAUUUCGCAGUAGUACUCAACUGCAUGAAUUAACUCCUCAUCAUCAAAGUGGAGGUGAAAGAAGUGUUUCUACCAUGUUAUACUUGAUGGCACUCCAGGAGCUAAAUAGGUGUCCAUUCAGAGUAGUUGAUGAAAUCAAUCAGGGAAUGGACCCAAUCAAUGAACGGAGAGUGUUUGAAAUGGUUGUAAAUACUGCCUGUAAAGAAAAUACAUCUCAAUACUUUUUCAUAACACCAAAGCUCCUGCAAAAUCUUCCUUAUUCUGAAAAGAUGACAGUUUUGUUUGUCUACAAUGGCCCUCAUAUGCUGGAACCAAACAGAUGGAAUUUAAAGGCUUUCCAAAGGCGGCGGCGCCGUAUUACAUUCACUCAACCUUCUCAAUAAAAGUAAAGAGAGGGAACUUGGGAAUUUUUUUGUUAAAUUCUGUUUAUAAGUAUGGCUCAACUGAAUAAAAGUUAGGAGAUUGAUUAAAACGAAAAGCAGUUAUUUUUGGAAACCUGCUUUUAAAUACAAAUAGGUUGAUAAUGGAAACCUUAAUGACCUUUCCAAAAUAUCAUCUGGUAGUAAAAGUUAAGUCUUCUUCAGUCUUGGUUGAACUUGAGUCCUUGGCAUUCUGACUAUGAGUCAUUGAGUUCUCAUGUUAAAAGAUACUUAAUAUUACAAAUCAAAGGUACAGUGGAAGAGGGGUUAAUCACAAGAAGUUACUUAUAUGGUAGCCCUGAGCUUUAAUUGCAGAGUAACUUUAAUUACUUUUAGAGCCUAAAGAUGACUCUAGAGCCUAAGUCCUAGUUUCUCCCAGUGUUAUAUUUAAUUUUUAAAAAUUGAUAUGAAAAUGUCUAAUGUAUAGUAAUAAUUUAUGACAGAUCUAUUCGUUUCUUCCUAUUAAAAAAGAUUACCUUAUCUCCAGUAGGAAAUGGAAUUUUAUGGGCCUUUAAAAGAAAGUUUUAUGAAAGUUGAUGCUAUAAUUUUAUUGGUAUUUCAAGGGGAAAAAAACACUGGGGUUCAAAAAUCGUAGUAGAACUGCUUUGAAAUGCUACAAGAUGGCCACUAGAUGAUGCAAAAUACAACCAAAAUUUUGACAGAGAAUAAAAUUAGGUGACAAGUGUUUUUAAAGAAUAACCUUGUGAAGUGUGGGGACAGGGGUUGCUUUUUUUUUAUUUUAUUUAAAGUCAAUUGUAUUUUACAUCUUAAAUUUCUAAAAGCAUUUUUAUAAUUAUUUUUAGUAAGAUUUUUCUUAAAAUUUCGUAUACUGGUUUCUACAAUUUAUAUUUGAAAUUUCUCAGUGUUAUGUAAAGAGUGACAGAAAAGCAUUGAUUUCUUUAAAACCAUAAUGUUUUUAGAACUUAAGCUUAUAGGGCCUUUCUUACAAUGUUGAUGUACCUAUUUUAGAAAAUCUAGUUUAAACUGUUUUCUUUCAGCGCAAAAGAAUUAAAUGAGAAAGUCAUUUGUUUAAGUUAUACUAAUUAGUAGAGCCAAACAGAUUCUCUUCUGUUAAAAAAUAAAUCUUAUAAGAAAAUAGACAGUCCACGGUCAUGUCUUUGAACAGUGGAUUGGAUCUGUGCCAGUAAUGACAAAAUUAUUUUUUUUACUUGCUUGCCUGAAUAAAUUGAAGAAUUGCUUUCAGUUUGGGUUUUGUAUAUUCUUAAGUAGCCAUUGAAAUUUAUAUUCUUAUUAGGUCAAAAAAUGGUGAACCAUAAGUUUGUGUGUUCUCACUUAGACAUUUUCUCUUCAAAAAAGUGUUUUCUUUUUUAUAAAAAUUUUAAAAGAGCCUUCCCUUCUUAAACUAACUCCAGUGCAUGAAGUAUGAAAAUAUUUUAAAAUGACAUUUUUAGUAAUAUGAGCAAGUCAUGUAAACAUUGAAGAACUUGGUAACAUAUUAGUAAAUGGAUAUUACCAAAUGUUUUCAUUGUUAAUUACUUUGCUUUCCACCAAAAUAUCUUUACUAAAAUGUGCUUGGUGUAGUUUGUUUAUUAUCUAAAUUAGUGCCAGUCAUCUUAUUUCUGCAAAAUGAGUAUCAAUGUGAAAAAGAAGCCUCAAGAUUAAGCAUGCUUGAAAAUAAAAUGGUCAAUUACAUUUCAAUUUACAUAGACCAACAACUGUUCCAUACUUUGUUUGUAAACAUUUAGUUUCUCUACUGGGCAAAAUUAAUAUUUGGCUUUACGUUGAAUUUUGAGCUGUGAAGAAUAAAUUAUGUAUCAUUUUAGCAUAUUAAACAGUAGUAAGCCUAGCACAUAGUCUCAGCCACUUAAAACUUUAUUUUCUGCAAAAGUUGUUUUUUGUUUGUUUGUUUUGAGAUGGAGUCUCACUCUGUUGCCCAGGCUGGAGUGCAGUGACGUGAUCUCAGCUCACUGCAACCUCCGCCUCCUGGGUUCCAGCGAUUCUCCUGCCUCAGCCUCCCAAGUAACUGGAACAACAGGCACGUGCCACCACACCCGGCUAAUUUUUUAUACUUUUGGUAGAGACGGGGUUUCAGUAUAUUGGCCAGGCUGGUCUCGAACCCCUGACCUCAUGAUCCACCCACCUCGGCCUCCCAAAGUGCUGGGAUUAUAGGCGUGAGCCACUGCACCUGGCCAAAAGUUGAUUUUUAAUUACAUAAAAAUUGUAAAACCAUCUAGUAAAAACUUGAUUUGGCGAAUACACUGAUAUUUAAAAACCUUAAGGUGACAACCAUUUUCUAUGCCUAAAUCUUCAUUGGUUUGCCUUGGAAGAGUCUCUGUUAAAAGGUUUUCCAUAUUCAAAGUAAAAGGAAAGACUUCUUGCUUUCUAAUUGUCUCUUGGACACAGGCCUAUUUUCUUUGGGGUAUAAACCUUUAGAUAUGAAAAAUGUAAUUUCAUUCUGUUGUGUGUGUGUGUAAUUGAAAAAACUUUGUGGGAAAUCCUACUUUGUUGGUAAUAAAUCAAUAUUUUCAUAUUC